GUGUGCGGUCAAUAGGUGGCGGUGUUCUGCGUCUAGAUAGCAGGAAGUUAAAUAAUAUCCACAUCACAUCCGUGAACCAGAACAGCAACAGAAGACCCCAGGCAGUCCUACUAAACUUCUACCCAGACAGUCUGUAGAUGCCAUCUGGAGCUCCAAAGGGAGAGAACUGUCUUGCAGACAUGGACAGCAAGGCUGCAGAUCUGUUCAGUGCUGAGGAUGCUCAUCCAACUGGCACAGGUGGCACUGGAAUCUUGGCAAAACUCUGGCUCCCUAAAGGCCUCUCAGUGGGCAUGGCUAAAGAGUGGAUCGACAGGCGUCGAGUGUCCAUUCGACCAUGGGCCAGCUUCGUGGACCAGCGCAAGUUCUCAAAACCCCGCAAUUUUGGAGAGCUGUGUCAGAGAGUGGUGAAAAACGUGGAGGUUUACAACAGCAACUACACCUUCAUCUUCCUGGGUCUCAUCCUCUACUGCAUUAUCAGCUCUCCUAUGCUACUGAUUGCCUUGGCUGUGUUCGCCGGUGCCUUCUACAUAAUCCACCUCAAGUCCCUGGAAUCGAAACUGGUUGUCCUUGGCAAGGAGCUGACUGUUCCUCACCAGAUGAGCCUGGCGGGAGCUGUCUCUCUUCCUGUGUUCUGGUUGGCUGGAGCUGGAGCUGCAGUCUUUUGGGUGCUGGGAGCGACGCUGUUUGUGAUUGGCUCUCACGCUGCGUUCCGUGAACUGGAGGGAUCCGACAUGGAAGAGCUCUUGAUGGAGCCAGUGUGAGAAGCUGAGGCUGAACUCUCAACUGGUGCUGGUCGACGAUCAGUCUUCACUUUGACCCUGUGAUUGCGUUAGCCCGGAGGGGAUUGAGGAAAAACUACCCCUAGAUCUGUUCCUUAGCUACAUGUGCAUCCCGUAUUCCCUGUGUUUUACCUAUGCCAGUGUAUCAAGAAUGCACCUUGUCUUGCCUCUGAAAUAGUUGUUGUUACAGACUGUACAGCUUUUUUCAGACUCAGUCGUACACAUAAUUUGCCAUAUGCACAAAAUGAUUUGUUAAUGAGUAUUUAAGCACAUUAUCAUGCAGAUUGUAUGCCUUUCUCAACAUACUUUAAACCUUGGAUGCCUCUGGUUUGUGUCAAAUAGCCUCUUGUUCCCUGCAACAUCCCUUAUAUCGUGACAUAUCUUUCAUCUUAUUAAUCUCUGCGGUAGAUGUCUUGGGGAAAUCAGAAAUGCCAAUUUUCUUAUGUAUACAUGUAACAGUCACACCUCUAAACUGCUAAAAAAAACAAUUAGUUUUCCAAAGAAAAAGUGCCAUUUAAAGCUUUAAAAAUAUGCAUCUUAUGAUGAUCAUGCACAAAUAUAACAAAAUGCUUUAUUCAAGAGAAAGCAGGAACAAUUUUGGUAUUUCUGAUGUAUUUCUGAUGGGCUACUUAACAUAGAUAGGUUGAAGAGAGGACAUCUUAAAAGGUCAGUACAUAGUAAUGGUGUUUUUAUAUUGGGGAUAAUGUGGUACUUUGCUGAUAGUAUGCAUAUUUAUCAGCUCUGCUUACAAGAUUCAGAUCAUUCUAUAAACCUGAAAUAUUUCUUUUUUGUUUUUAUUCAUUACUCACUUGUUUACAUUUCAAUGUAAGUUUUUGUAUUUAAAUGACAUUUUGGAAGUGCAAUAAACCCCUGAUGUAAAGAUG